UGCUCUCUGUGCUUCCAUCUUUGACCACCCCGCUAAGGCGCUAAUCACAAUCACCGCCGCUAACCACAGCCCAAAGCGGCAGUCGCUCCCCCGCUUAAACCCUCGAGCACGCGGCUGAGAAGAUUGGAUUCCAGCAUCCAGCUCCCACUGCACACCACACGGCCACACCGACGGGGCGAACGGGCAACAGAGUCGGCGACCGAGCCGCCAGGAGCGACGAAACCAGCAGCGACUCCGACCGUUCUAAAACCCCCCUGCCCUGUCUCCAGCAACGACGAAACCAGCAGCGCAGCGCAGCGCCGACCACUCCGGGAGCGGGGCCUCACGAUCCACGGGAGAUGCUGGUUGCUGCCGCCGCCGACUCGCCGUCGCAGCCGUGAACCGGCUUCUCCCGUGGAGGGAGUUCCGUCCGGCGGGCGAAGAGCCGGGGCGGGCUUGGAUUCGGCGGAUCUUGGGGGGUGCGUGCGUCGUGCUGGAUUGAUCCCGCAUUCCAGCUGCGGCGGGCGUCUGGGUAGUCGCUUCUCCUGAGGAAAAGGAAAACAAGUUGCUUGACCCGACUUUGGGAUCAAGGAUCGGCGAAAAGAAAGAAAAAGGAGGGAUCUUUUUGGGAGGGUCUGUCUGAGCAUUCCGGGUUUAUCAUAGCAUCGGGCAACUCCGUGCUGAUGGAUUUCUUCAAGAUUAAGAAGUUCGGGAAGGGAAAGAAGGGUGCCGGGGGUGGGGGAGAGGUAGUGGAAUCCGACGAUGACGCUAGCGCCGGCGAUGUGACCCCUCGGGGCCUUGAGGAGCAGAAGCCGGACAUCGGGGAGGGGAACAAUGCUGAUGCGGUGGCGGCGGAGGGUGUGGGCGCGGGCAAUGGGGUGGUUGAAGAAGACGAGGAGGAAGAGGAUGACGACGAUUUCAUCACGAAUGAGGUGAAGCGCAGGCUCAAGGAGCUCAGGAAGAACAGCUUCAUGGUGCUCAUCCCUGAGGAGGAGUGCGGGGAGCUCGAGGAGGAUGGCGGGGAGGAGGAAGGGGGCAGCCCCAGGGAGUGGCUGGAGUCGGGUGUUGGUGAUGGCUUCCCGCUGUGUGGGUUUGAUUCGCUGUACGAUAAGUACUCUGAGAGGAUGCUGGUGUUUCAUAAGAUGAUUGCGCAGCUGAUGAAGGAUCCAGAGUCACUGAACAUGUCUAAAAAGUCUCCAAGAUCAGCAUCGAAAUUGGCGUCUACCCUGCGCAGCCUCUCAUUCAAAAGAAAAGAUGAGCUCCCAGAGGAUUGUGAACAACUUCAACAGCAAAGCGAAGAUGAUCCUUAUCAGACACUUGAGACUGCAUAUGUUGCUCAUGUUUCAUUAAGCUGGGAGGCUCUGCAUUGCACCUAUGUGCACCUGAGCCUUAUCGUUGCAGCACAACCUGAUAAUCCUACAACCUACAGCUCUGCUGCUCAAGCCUUCCAGCAAUUCCAGGUCCUGUUGCAGAGAUUCGUUGAAAAUGAGCCAUUCGAGCAUGGUACCCGGGUUGAGAUAUAUGCACGGUCUCGGAGCUUGUUGUCAAAGUUGCUUCAGGUCCCCACUUUUCAAGUUGCAGAUAGGAAAGAUAACUCUGAAGAUCAAAUGGAACCAGCAAUUUCUGCACCUGAUCUCAUCAAAUUGUUAGAGGAAUCUAUCCUAACUUUCCGCCUUUUCCUGAAGAAGGACAAGAGAAAGAGUAGUGUCCUUAUGAGUGCUCAUGGCCACACUGGAAGUUCGAUUCAACAAGUGCAAUCUUCGCUCGAUAAGAAAGAGGCGAAGGUGAAGGAGCUGUUGAAGAAGAAGAAAGGGUGGAAGAGCAAGACCUGGCCAGGCACAAUGGAAGAGGUUCAGCUGCUGUUCGCCCUGAUCGACAUCAAGGUCGUGUCAAGGGUGCUCCGGAUGGGGAAGCUGAGCAAGGAGCAGCUGCUGUGGUGCGAGGAAAAGAUGAGCAAGGUGGACCUGACAGAAAACCGGCUGCGCCGCGACGGGUCCCCAAUCCUCUUCCCCUGCUGAUGCAGCCUGCCUGCCUGCUUGCCUCCGGGGGCAUAUGCCGAGACACCUCCCUUGUUAGUUCGGCGUGCCAUGGCUGUGGCGGCAUCAUGGGUGGCUGCUGGCUGGGCGUAGCUGCUCUGCGCGGCGCUCGUACCCUUCCUUCGGCUGUUCGGCUACCUUAUGAGAUUAUAUGUACAUGCCUUUAGGUUGAAUCGGUUGAAAUGUCCAUACUAAAGUAGGGCUUAAACAUGUGUUGCUGCGCGUUCAUGACUGAUGAGUUUAUACAACGCACCAUGCUUCGUUUCGCCGGCAACAGGUUCUCUCUUCUCUGAAACUGAAACCCUUGUGCCAUCCAUGUUAAACAACAAGGAGGAUGGGAUGCAGUGCAUCUCUUCUCCUAGAUGAAAUGACAAAACUCAAGCAGCACAUGCAAAAGCUGUCGUGCUGCGUUGGUUGGUUGA